AUGCGUCUACUGGUCGAUAUGACCAAGCUCCAGCAGAAUUUAUAUGCCUCAACAAUUUCUAAUGAAGGAGUUGUUAACCGUGACCGUCUGCGACUUUUCAUACGUGCUGGUAAUGGAGGACAAGGAUUGCAACGGUUUAAUGGUACUGGAGGGAAUGGUGGUGACGUGAUUAUGGUUGGAGAUUCGAAAAUGACUUUCGAAGGGAUGCUGAAAAAUGCUAAACAUCAAGUAUUGAAAGUACAAGCUCAAAGUGGCCUGGAUUCAUCACAAACCUCUCUCAUUGGUAUCAAUGGAAGGCCAAAAAUCCUCAAGGUACCGGUAGGUGUCGAUGUGAUAAACGCGGAAACGAAAAUGUUGAUAGCACGUUGUUCACGACCACUUUUCAAUUACGUAAUAGCACGAGGUGGUCGUGGAGGUUGCGCUGAAAACUGCUUUCAAGCAACUGCUGGUGAGCGGUUUUUUAUCGAUCUCCACCUUAAGCUUCAUCCAAACAUUGGUCUGGUUGGAUUCCCCAAUGCAGGGAAAUCGACACUUAUGAAGGCAUUGGUACCAAAAAAAAGAAUCAAAAUAGCGAGUUAUCCAUUUACAACAGUGAAACCUCAGAUUGGUUAUAUUAAUGACUUUGGGUCGGAGUUAGAAUCCGCUGACGAUGAUGAAGAUUCGUUCAGUUUAUCAAUCGCCGAUUUACCAGGAUUGAUAGAGGGAGCAGCACUGAAUCGUGGGAGAGGUCGA